GGGACUAAGGUAUUUCAGCAUGCGCUACCAAUCAAGCGCUCCUGCGCACAAUAAACGAAGAGCGUGCGUUUGGAACGCCCAGGAAACAGGAAGUGAUCCGCAAGCGAUUCUCUUUUUUUUGUGAAUGAGCGGUGCUCGCUUGAUGAUGCUUCAGAGAUGCGGGGAUGAUUACAGACAUUUGUCAGCCUACACAAUUAUAGACACCAUAUAAUUCGUCACCCACCCUAGGCUACGUACUGUAUUCAGGAGAAGGAAGAAGAGUAGACUAGGGACUCUACUUCAUACUCAUAUCAGAGAGAGAGAAGAGCACCAGCACCAUGUCAUCGUCCUUCUCAGACACACUUCAGUUCCGCUUCUCCAGCCCCGUCCACCAUGACUCCAUCCUGCAAAAGAUGAGCCUGCUGAGAGAGGACCGACGCUUCUGUGACGUCACCCUCGUCCUCGGAUCAGGGUCGUUCCGCUUCCCGGGUCACCGGGUGGUUCUGGCGGCCUCCUCUGCCUUCCUCCGGGACCAGUUCCUGCUGCACGAGGGGAGCCGGGAGCUGCUGGUGACCGUGGUGCCCAGUGCGGAGGUGGGCCGUCGGCUGCUCCUGUCCUGUUACACAGGCCACCUGGAGGUCCCUCUGCGGGAGCUGGUCAGCUAUCUGACGGCAGCGAGCGCACUGCAGAUGAGCCACGUGGUGGAGAGGUGUGCCCAGGCCGUCUCUCAGUACCUGGACCCCACCCUGGCCCACCUGAAGCUGGAGAGGAGCCCAGAGACUGAGGGGACACCUCCACCACCACCAGACAGCGUUAAACCCCAACCCAGCUCAGCAUGUCUGGACGAGGGGGAGAUGGAGGGGGAGACCCAGGAGGACCCAGAGGACAGGGACCACAGCCUGACCUCAGAAGACACUCUGGACAGUGUCAACAUGGUACACACUAACAGCACGUACCCUUACAGCCCGUACCCUUACCCGACGGGCGCCCACAGACGCAAACAGCGCCCACCCACGCCAUGCAGAGAGUAUAGGAAAAGGACCUUCCCCCCAGCAGGAAGUCCUGACCACAGCAGUUCAGGAUUGGCUGACAGCUCCCAGGACCAGGAAGUGGGUGGGGACUCUGGAGAGGACAUAUACAUGCUUGCUGCUCGUCAUAUGCAGGGGGUUGGGGGCGGGUCUCCCGAGUCCUCCUUCAGAGUUCUGACGGGGGCAGAGUUUUCAGGACGGGGGCAGGAGAAGCUCCUCCAGAGACCCUACCUGUGCAGGAAGUGUGACCGAGGGUUCCACCACCUGGACAGCUACGUGGGACACCUAAAGGAACACAGGCUCUACCCGUGUCUUCUCUGUGGGAAGAGCUUCAGCCAGAAAAGCAACCUCACCCGACACAUCAGGGUUCACACAGGGGUCAAGCCUUUCCAGUGCCCGCUUUGCCACAAGACCUUUUCCCAGAAGGCCACGCUGCAAGACCACCUUAACCUCCACACAGGGGACAAACCACACAAGUGCAACUACUGCGCCAUCCACUUCGCACACAAACCAGGCCUCCGGCGCCACCUCAAGGACAUCCAUGGCAAGAGCAGCCUUCAGAACAUGUUUGAGGAGGUGGUGUGAGCCUGGCAGCUGCUGGACUUCUGCAGCAAGAGACUUCUGAGUUAAGCAUACCAGUGCCUAAAUUAAAACUACAGAGAAUUAGAACUACAAAUAAUUAAAACUACAGAGAAUUAGAACUACAAAGAAUUAAACCUACAGAGAAUUAGAACUACAAAGAAUUAAAACUACAGAGAAUUAGAACUACAAAGAAUUAAAACUACAGAGAAUUAGAACUACAAAGAAUUAAACCUACAGAGAAUUAGAACUACAAAGAAUUAAAACUGCAAAGAAUUUGAACUACAAAGAAGUAAAACUACAGAGAAUUAGAACUACAAAGAAUUAAAACUGCAAAGAAUUUGAUCUACAAAGAAUUAAAACUACAGAGAGUUAGAACUACAAAUAAUUACAUCUACAUAUAAUUAGAACUACAAAUAGUUACAGCUACAAAGAAUUUGAACUACAAAGAAUUUGAACUACAAACAAUUAGAACUACAAACAAUUUAAACUACAAAUAAUUAGAACUACAAAGACAAGGAGGAAACUAGUGUAAAUGUAUUGCACUCAAUGUGUAUAUAUGCCAGUAUAUAUUCAACUUGUCUGCCUCUUUAAUGAUGUAGCUAGAGUUUUAGCACAGACCAAUGUCUAAAUGAAAACUAUGUAGAAGAGCAGGCCAGGAGGGAGAAGUAGACUAAACUAGAGUGGAUUGAAAGGAUAUUGACGUCAAAAGUUCUCGAAAUGACCAACUGGAGAUGAUCUUUCACUAGUUUGCCUCUUUUCUAAUGUGGUGUUUUUGCACUUUAUUUUCUCCCUCCAUCCAGAGACUCUAAUGAGUGUUUUGAUGGACGAGCACAGGAACAUACAGAAUCAGUCACCAAACUGUAGCUACAUCACUGCUAUUUAUAUUUCUGUGCAUUAGUGUGUGUACCCACAAAUGUGUGUGUGUGUGUGUGUGUGUGUGUGUGUGUGUGUGUGUGUGUGUGUGUGUGUGUGUGUGUACUGUAAGAGAAUGUGUCCACCUGUCUGUGUUUCUGUACGAUAGAUGUCUGCUGCUUUGAUAUAUGGCCGUGACGCACAACACCUCGAAGGAUCCCAUGUGUGUGUUAUUAAGAUGAUGUCAUUAAGAUGAUGUCAUUUAGAUGAUGUUAUUAAGAGGAUACUAUUAAGAUGAGGUCAUUAAGAUGAUGUCAUUAAGAUGAUGUUAUUAAGAGGAUGUCGUUAAGAUGAUGUCGUUAAGAUGAUGUCAUUAAGAUGAUGUCAUUAAGAGGAUGUCAUUAAGAUGAUGUCAUUAAGAUGAUGUCAUUAAGAAGAUGUUAUUAAGAUGAUGUUGUUAAGAUGAUGUCAUUAAGAUGAUGUUAUUAAGAGGAUGUCAUUAAGAUGAUGUCAUUUAGAUGAUGUCAUUAAGAAGAUGUUAUUAAGAUGAUGUUGUUAAGAUGAUGUCAUUAAGAUGAUGUUAUUAAGAGGAUACUAUUAAGAUGAGGUCAUUAAGAUGAUGUCAUUAAGAUGAUGUUAUUAAGAGGAUGUCGUUAAGAUGAUGUCGUUAAGAUGAUGUCAUUAAGAUGAUGUCAUUAAGAGGAUGUCAUUAAGAUGAUGUCAUUAAGAUGAUGUUAUUAAGAUGAUGUUGUUAAGAGGAUGUUGUUAAGAUGAUGUUAUUAAGAUGAUGUUGUUUAGAUGAUGUCGUUAAGAUGAUGUUAUUAAGAUGAUGUCAUUUAGAUGAUGUCGUUAAGAUGAUGUUAUUAAGAUGAUGUCAUUAAGAUGAUGUUAUUAAGAGGAUGUUAUUAAGAUGAUGUCAUUAAGAUGAUGUCAUUAAGAUGAUGUUAUUAAGAUGAUGUUAUUAAGAUGAUGUCAUUAAGAUGAUGUCGUUAAGAUGAUGUCAUUAAGAUGAUGUCGUUAAGAUGAUGUCGUUUAGAUGAUGUCAUUAAGGUGACGUCAUUAAGAUGAUGUCAUUAAGAUGAUGUCGUUAAGAUGAUGUCGUUAAGAUGAUGUCGUUAAGAUGAUGUCAUUAAGAUGAUGUUAUUAAGAUGAUGUUAUUAAGAUGAUGUCAUUAAGAUGAUGUCAUUAAGAUGAUGUCAUUUAGAUGAUGUCAUUAAGAUGAUGUCAUUAAGAUGAUGUUAUUAAGAUGAUGACAUUAAGAUGAUGUCAUUAAGAUGAUGUUAUUAAGAUGAUGCCGUUAAGAUGAUGUCGUUAAGAUGAUGUCAUUUAGAUGAUGUCAUUAAGAUGAUGUUAUUAAGAUGAUGUUAUUAAGAUGAUGUCAUUAAGAUGAUGUCGUUAAGAUGAUGUUAAGAUGAUGUUAUUAAGAUGUUGUCAUUAAGAUGAUGUCAUUAAGAUGAUGUCAUUAAGAUGAUGUUAUUAAGAUGAUGUCAUUAAGAUGAUGUCAUUAAGAUGAUGUCGUUAAGAUGAUGUUAUUAAGAUGAUGUCAUUAAGAUGAUGUCCUUAAGAUGAUGUCAUUAAGAUGAUGUUGUUAAGAUGAUGUCAUUAAGAUGAUGUCAUUAAGAUGAUGUUAUUAAGAUGAUGUCAUUAAGAUGAUGUCAUUAAGAUGAUGUCGUUAAGAUGAUGUUAUUAAGAUGAUGUCAUUAAGAUUAUGUCAUUUAGAUGAUGUCAUUAAGAUGAUGUCAUUUAGAUGAUGUCAUUAAGAUGAUGUUAUUAAGAUGAUGACAUUAAGAUGAUGUCCUUAAGAUGAUGUCAUUAAGAUGAUGUCAUUAAGACGAUGCCAUUAAGAUGAGGUCAUUAAGAUGAUGCCAUUAAGAUGAUGUCAUUAAGAUGAUGUUGUUACGAGGAUGUUAUUAAGAUGAUGUUGUUACGAGGAUGUUAUUAAGAUGAUGUUGUUAAGAUGAUGUUGUUAAGAGGAUGUUGUUAAGAUGAUGUUGUUAAGAUGAUGUCAUUAAGAUGAUGUCAUUAAGAGGAUGUCGUUAAGAUGAUGUCAUUAAGAUGAUGUUAUUAAGAUGAUGUUGUUACGAGGAUGUUAUUAAGAUGAUGUUGUUACGAGGAUGUUAUUAAGAUGAUGUUGUUAAGAUGAUGUCAUUAAGAUGAUGUUGUUAAGAGGAUGUUGUUAAGAUGAUGUUGUUAAGAUGAUGUUGUUAAGAUGAUGUUGUUAAGAGGAUGUUAUUAAGUUGAUGUUGUUAAGGUGAUACUUGACUUGUGAAGCACCUGUAAACAUUGUAAACUGAAAAUAAUGAGGUAGUUUUAUGCUGAUUUACAAAUCAGACAUUGCUAAUUUUAGGUAACUUUGCAAAUGUAACAUUAGCUGUCUCUUUUCAUAUGAAUAUUGCAUAAUGUCUCAUUGAUUAAAUGUGUGUCUGUUUAAAUCA